CAAAGACUGCUGUCGGAUGCCACCUCUGGUCGACGAAGCGCUGUUGCACGGCUGUAGAGAAAUUCAUGGAGGCGAGGAAUUAAAACGGGGAGUGAUCCACGAAAAAGGCAAUUGCUUCAUGGAGUGUGCAAUGAAUGCUACAGGGACCUUGGUAAACGGAGUUUUGGAUCAGACGAAAAUUUUACAGCUCAUUAGUAUCAGUCGAGCUGGCAGCAAUUACGAGUUAGCACAAGUGUUCAGGUCGGCCUCUGUCGCAUGUUUCCAAAGUGCUUCAAUACACAGAAUAUUGCCGAACAAUAACAACGUGAAACACUGUGGCAGUACAGCGGCUAACUUCAUAGGUUGUGUGAAUAUGGAGAUAUUUAAGAUAUGCUUAGAUGACUAUUGGACCAAUACCCAUAGUUGCAACGCUCUGCGAAAUUAUGUACAUUCCUGCUCAGUGCCUACGUAACGAAACAACAUAAUUUUACGAAGGUAUUUAUUAGAAAGUUCUUGAAAUUACAC